GCAGCGGUCGGGAGCGCGCAGCAGAAUGUGUGGCUCGGCGGGUCGCUGACGGGGUUGCUGGUGAAAUUCUCGGUUAAACACCUGGAGACAGACAUGGCGGGCUGGUAGCGGCUCCUCUGGCACGGACCGUGACGUGGGCCUGCGCAGGCUCCGUCUGACACGAGACACAAACGCCGCCGAACCGACUUUGAUGAUGCGGUUCAUGCUGCUUUUCAGCCGGCAGGGGAAGCUUCGGCUUCAGAAGUGGUACACAGCCACGUCCGAACGUGACAAGAAGAAGAUGGUCAGGGAGCUCAUGCAGAUAGUUCUCGCCCGCAAACCAAAGAUGUGCAGCUUUCUCGAAUGGAGGGACCUCAAGAUAGUCUACAAAAGGUACGCCAGCCUCUACUUCUGCUGCGCAAUCGAAGAGCAGGACAACGAGCUGAUCACUCUGGAAGUCAUCCACCGCUUCGUGGAGCUCCUAGAUAAAUACUUCGGCAGCGUGUGUGAGCUGGACAUCAUCUUUAAUUUUGAAAAGGCCUACUUCAUCCUCGACGAGUUCCUGAUGGGAGGAGAGAUCCAGGACACGUCCAAGAAAAGCGUCCUGAAGGCGAUCGAGCAGGCCGACCUGCUGCAGGAGGAGGACGAGUCCCCCAGGAGUGUGUUGGAGGAAAUGGGCCUGGCGUAGGAGGCUCCGGAGACGAGGGAGGACCGUCAGGACCGGAGCUCAGACCCAAUACAUGGACCCGAGUCUGAUAAGACGUCUGUUCUGGAGAGGACAACUUAGAAAGGCCUUUAGUGUGUGUGUGUGUGUGUGUGUGUGUGUGUGCGCGCGGGGUCAUGGUAAUGGGCUGUAUUUAUGUGUGUGUGUGUGUGUGUGUGAGUGAGUGUGUGUGUGUGUGUGUGUGUGUGUGUGUUCAGAUUACAACGGGGGGCGUGAAGUCCGCUCUGCUGGGGCAGGUGUGCUGCCUGAAACGGGAGGCCGAGUCUUGACCAUCAGAGUUCUGCAGGUUGAUGUUGGAGCGGUGAAGAACCCUCGUCUUCUGCUCGUUGCCCAUGUCACAACCUCGGUCACCAGAGUUAGUGUAGGGAUGAGAACCAACCGUCACGUCGCUCUGCUUCAUCCAGACGAGCGGGAACCUCCUGUCCCGGACUUCCUCUCUGUGACCGGACCGACUGAUAAAGCCGGGGUUCAUCCGUCAGCGCUGCAUGUUCCCGUGUGUCCGUUUCACGAGAGCAGGACCGGAGCUCUUUCUGAGCCCCCAUCCGUCAUCAAAGCCCUGGACGACGUCUGAACAGGACCCGGGUUUCCUGCACAAGCUGUACGUUGAUCUAGGUCACAUGGCGUCAGCGAUUGUCCGGGUCCUGGGAGGGGGAGGACGGUCCGUGUACUUCGCGGCAAGUUUUUUGUUUUGAAAAUGACAAAAUAAAAAUAGAGAUAUAAUCCGUUUCCCAUCUUUGUUUUGAUAAUAAAAAACGGAAAACGGAUCACAUCACUGCAGUUUGGAGUGAAGACAGAUUACAGAUUAAACUCAUGUUUCACUCCCAGGUUUCAUAUUUGAUUUAUUUUCUGUUUCAACAUUAAAAAAAUCUAAAACUGUUCAUUUUCAAUUUGAUCAACAAAAGAACCAGAAACAACAUUUAUUACUGCGCAUGUGCAAUCUCCCCAUUUGUCCAAUCCUUCUUUUCAGUAUCCUUGGAAACGAAUAGGAAAUAGAGAAAAGAGUUUUCCACUCGCUGUUUUAAUUCCCAAUAUCGAUUUUCAAACAUAUCAAUGAAAUCGGAUAACGAUUCGUUUUCCGUUUUUUAUUAUCAAAACAAAAGAUGGGGAACGGAUUAUUUUGGAUUUUUUCUCUAUUUUUAUUUUGUAAUUUCAAAACAAAAAACGGAUGGCCGCGAAGUAUACGGACCGAGGACCAACACGGAGCAUUCAGUCUGGCUCAGCCGCCAGACUAAGGUCACGGAGGAGCUUCUGAUUUCUGUAGGGUUGCAGGACGGCGGGUCUGUUCUGGGGGGGGUUCUGGCCGCGGUGACGGCUGGAGGGUGGAGACCAGACGUAGCCGUGGGUCUGCCGGGUCCUCUCCUACUCAGACCCCUCCACUGACGGGGCUCCGCGUGAACCCCCCCCUGAAUGGGAGUUUAGUUUAGUUUAUUUAAGGAUCCCCUUUAGAAGCACAAAUGUGCCUCUAGUCUUCCUGGGGUCCUGAACAUAAAAAUACAGUACAGUGCAGUCAUACAGUAAAAAAGAAACGACAACAAAGAAACAUUUAAAAAACAAUCAGACAGGCUGCACAGACCUAAAAUGAUAAAAACAUACAUUUGAGAAUAAUACUGGUAAACAGUGAAGUAAAUACAGACAAAUUAAAAAGAAUUAAGAAAGAACAGAGACAAUCAGACAGGCUGAUUGUAGAACAGACUAUACCAGACACAGAACAUACUCAACGGACAAAUAGCAUAAUCCACAGAGUACAAACAAAUAAACUAAUAUAAACAGACCGACAUAGCCACAUGCCACAUGUUCUUCUCUUAGUUGAGUGUGGGCGCCCUGCAGAGGAACCUGCUCGGUCCGCGGCCUCGUUCCUCCGGUGGCUCCUCCCGGCUGGUCAGGGGUAGCAGGGGCGGAGGGCGGCCCGUUUGUGGGCCCGCCCACUCUAGUUUAGCCUAGAAGUGCUGAGUGAGGAGACCCGGAUACCCCCCUGGUGAUGUCACAUGCGUGUCUUGGUCCUGAACCCCCCACCUGGGGCGGUGCAUGAGACUCCCCACAGGACCCGGGGUCUCCCUCCGACCUGGAGGACCCGGGGUCUCCCUCCCUCCAGAGAGGACCCGGGGUCUCUCUCCUUCAGACAGGACCCGGGGUCUCCCUGACGUGUCCCUGGUUUGACCUGCAGCAGCUGAACCGUCCCGUCAGACGUCCUGCUCUCAAACGACAACCACCUGAAUGUACUUUGGUGACUGGAGUGUUGUCAUGGAGACACUACCACGCUGAAGUUGACGCGGGAGACUGUCUCUUCUUUCCACCGACACCACUAGAUUGUCCUUUGAUGGCGUUUUCGUGGCGUUGCCAUGGGAACCUGCAGCUGCGGUGUGAACCUUGGACAGGACAAAAACCACCUUCUUCACACAGGCAGGUGUCUGAUUCCCAGGAACACCUGGUCCCAGAGACGCUCGCAUCAGAGACGUCUCGGCAUCACGCUCGCACCGGCCCCAGAGACGUCUCGCGCUCGCAUCGGUCCAAAGAGACGUCUUGGCAUCAGAGACGUCUCACGCUCGCACCGGCCCCAGAAACGUCUCGGCAUCAGAAACGUCUCUGCGCCAGAGACGUCUCGCGCUUGCGUCGGUCCCAGAAACGUCUCGCGCUCGCGUCGGCCCCAGAAACGUCUCGCGCUCGCAUUGGUCCCAGAAACGUCUCGGCCUCAGAGACGUCUCCCGCCCGCGUCCCCGCCGGCAGCUUCACCAGCUCCUGUUACAAAGAGACCCAGACUCACCAACCCGUUCCUGAUCAAGUCCCUGUGUGUCUUCAGGACUGAAUGUAUAUCUUUUCUAAUCUGACCAGAGUGACGUUCUUGUGUGCAGAAGCGGUGACAAUAAAGCAGUUUUGAUUCUGACUGUC